AUGGAACAAACUACUGAAUUGACAUCUGAGUUUGCUGAUACUGCUCUUAAAGCUAUUGAAGACGUUUCUGAUGAGCUUUAUGAGAUAAGCAUAAAAAAUCCAGAAUUGGCUUACGAAGAAAAAUUUGCACAUAAAUUAUUAGUUGAUUAUUUGCAAGAAAAAAGGUUUAAAGUAACACCGAGUUCUUUUGGGUUAGAAACCGCAUUUGUAGCAGAAUUUCAAUCUAAAGCUGGAAGAGAAAUUGGUCAUGCUUGCGGACAUAAUCUUAUCGCAAUUAGUGGAGUAGGUGCUGCAAUUGGUCUCAAGGCAGUUCUUGAGAAAUUUAAUAUUGAAGGAACUGUAAAGUUAUUUGGAACCCCUGCAGAAGCUGGUACUUUCCUUGUUCGUGGAAAGACAAUGAAAGAUAUGGAAGAGCUUCAGCCACGUGUACAAAAGUGCUUUGAAGCUGCAGCAGAUGCGACUGGGGCUAAGGCAAAAAUUACAUGGAAAGAUGCAGUUUAUGAAGAUCAGAAUAACAUCUUCAGCGGAUCCACUGAUCAGGGAAAUGUAACUUACUUGGUACCUGGGUUUCAUCCAGUUUAUGACAUUCGUUCACCUAUUCCUGUUAUUAAUCAUCAAAGAGAAUUUGCCCCAGCAUGCAAAACAAAAACUGCCCAUCAAGAAACUAUAAAAGCUACGAGUGGGAUGACUUUAGUUGGACUAGACUUUUUGAUUGAUGCAGAAUUUGCUAAGCAAGUCAAGGAAUCUUUUGCCAAAUCUAAAUUAUAA